AUGUCGACAGCACGUCGUGAUAAAUUGUUGAGCCUUGAGGCUGCCGCGCAGGAGCGGUGGGCGCAAGAGAAGUUACAUGAGCAGAACGCCCCGCUGAAGGGCGAGCCAGUUCCCAGCAAGUUUUUUGUCACCUUCCCGUACCCGUACAUGAACGGGCGUCUGCAUCUCGGCCAUGCGUUUUCUCUCACAAAGAGUGAAUUCGCAUCCCGCUUUUGGCGAAUGAAGGGGUUUCGCUCGCUCUGGCCAUUUGGACUGCAUGUCACCGGAACCCCCAUUGCCGCCUGUGCGCAGAAAAUUCAGAAGGAAAUGCAGCUGUACGGAAACCCGCCACAAUUCCCAGAGGAGAUGUUGGGGACUCCGUCAGAGGAGAAGAAAGACGACAUUGCCACCAUUGGACAGCACAAAAGUAAGCGUGGCAAAGCUGCUCCCGCCAAGCCACAGUGGAUUAUUAUGCGAAGUAUGGGUAUCCCUGAUAAUGAGAUUGCAAAAUUUUCGGAUCCACUUUAUUGGCUUGAUUACUUUCCUCCCCUUGCCGUGGAGGACCUAAAACGGUUUGGCUGCCACAUUGACUUUCGUCGUUCUUUUAUAACCACGGAUCGCAACCCAUACUAUGACCGCUUUGUUUCAUGGCAGUUCCGGCACUUGAGGCGGGCGAAUGUACUUGGGUUUGGUAAACGAUACUGCGUUUACUCCCCAUGGGACGGCCAGCCCUGUGCGGAUCAUGACCGGGCAGUUGGCGAAGGGGCCUUGCCACAGGAGUAUACACUGGUAAAGUUGAAGGUGCAGAACGCAACAGAGCAUCCUGCGUUUUUGGCAUUUAAACAUAUUAUAGGUGACCGCCCUGUUAUCCUUCCUGGAGCAACGUUGCGUGUAGAGACUGUGUGCGGCCAGACGAAUUGUUGGAUCUCCCCUAAUUUUAGUUACAAGGCGUACACAAUUUUGAACAAGACCGGUGAGGAGGAAAUUUUCAUCAUGACAUCACGUGCUGCACGGAAUAUGGCAUACCAGGACUACGUGAUCAACGGCAAGACGGGAGUGGAUCCUUCUCCAUUGUUUGAAGUGGAGGGGGCGAAGCUUGUUGGGCUGCCUCUCUCUGCCCCCCUCUGCCCCUACGCCACUAUCUACACCUUACCAAUGCAGACCAUCACAGAGGCAAAGGGCACCGGUGUGGUGAUGUCCGUCCCGUCCGAUAGCCCGGAUGAUUAUAUCAAUUUUACGCAGCUUGUAAGGAAGCCCGAUUACCGUUCCAAGCUGGGCAUUAAAGAUGAGUGGGUGGAUUUUGACAUGGUUCCCAUCAUUGAGGUGCCCGGUGAAAUGGGCCGUGAGAGCGCAAAGUUCAUAUGUGAAAAACUGAAGAUUAAUGGACCACAGGCCACAGAUCUUCUAGAGGAAGCCAAGAAAGUUGUCUAUCAAGCGGGUUUUUACCAGGGCGUUAUGAUUGCUGGCCCAUUCACGGGCGAAAAAACCUCUGUUGCAAAGGUAAAGACGUUACAACUGCUGACCAAGGAAGACUCUGCAAUUCGCUACUAUGAACCUUCGCGUCUUGUCAUGAGUCGAUCUGGUGAUGAGUGUGUCGUGGCAUUGUGUGAUCAAUGGUACAUUGAAUAUGGGAAAAAAGAGUGGAAAGAGGCAGUGUUGAAGCACCUUGAGAAUAUGAAUAUGUUCUUUCCUGGAGUGCGCAAUGGAUUUGAGGAAACACUUAAUUGGCUUGCGGACUGGCCAUGUAGCCGUACUCUUGGACUGGGUACCAAGUUACCGUGUGAUGAGAGUGGGACCAUGUUGAUUGAUAGUUUGAGCGAUUCAACCAUCUACAUGGCAUACUACACCAUUGCUCACUUCAUUCACACCUCACCUGAGGGGAAGCUACGCCUUGAUGGACGUCACGACAAUGUGUUGGGUGUCACACCAGAGAUGUUUACAGAUGAAACGUUUGACUAUGUGUUUCUUGGUAAAGGUACCCCAGAGAGUGUUCAUGCGGUCAAUGGACUUCCGAUGGAUGCGGCAGAAAAGAUGCGUCGGGAGUUCACAUUUUGGUAUCCCGUUGAUCUCCGCUGCUCCGCGAAGGAUCUUAUUCAAAAUCACUUGACCAUGUUCCUCUACACACAUGCAGCUAUUUGGCCAGACGACACAAGCAAGUGGCCACGAGCCAUCUUUGCCAACGGCCACAUCCAGGUGGAUAACGAGAAGAUGUCCAAGUCCAAGGGCAACUUUAUGUCCCUCGCAGAAACGAUCGAUCUGUACGGCAGUGAUGCCACACGUCUGGCCUGUGCAGAUGCAGGGGACAGUCUCGAUGAUGCAAAUUUUGUCCGUGAAACUGCCGCUGGGUUUAUUUUAAAGUUGACCACGGCAAUAGAUGGAGCGCAAGAACUGCUGGGCAAGAAACAUACCCUACGCAGCGGGGAGUACAACAUAUUUGACAAAAUAUUCAGCAACUCCAUGAACUUCAUUAUUUUGCAAACUGAAAGGUUCUAUGUGGGCAUGCAGUUUCGUGGCGUGCUCAACCUUGGAUUUUUUGAACUUUCGAAUGAAUUCAGUCAAUAUAAGUUGAAUUGCGAUGAACUUCAGAUCCAUGCAGAUCUUGCUAAGCGAUAUGUGGAGGUCAUGACGCUUCUUUUGGCACCGUUGGCCCCACACUUUGCAGAAUACAUUUGGACAAAUGUAUUGGGCAACAAGAAAUCGGUUGUCUGUGCCGCAUUCCCUGAACCAACAGGACCGGUGGAAUAUGCCAUACUUGUUGCAAAUCGUGUUAUGACAGAUGUGGUGAAGGAGAUACGCUCUCAGGUGGCGAAAAUGCAGAAGAAACGUGGUCCCGUGGACGAGGUGUUCAUCUACACUGCGGCAAGCUACUCAGAAUGGCAACUUAAAGCCCUACGACUGUUGCGUGAAUUAUACGAAGCGAAUGGAAAGUCCUUCCCGGUGGACUUUUCAAAGAAGGUGAUGUCGCAUAAACAAGAGUGGAUGACAAAAGAAAUUCUUCCUGAUGUCAUGGCGUUCCUCUCCUUCACCAAGAUGAAUGUGGAGCGAUGUGGUGAGGAGGCGCUCGCGGAGACGCCUGCCAUCAACGAUGCAGAGCUGCUGAAGGGCGUCCUUGCCAAUAUCUGCAAGUUGUCCGGUGUGCCGACCGUGCAUAUUCUCGGCCACGAGGACGAGAGGUACCCGGAGCACCAGGCGGCAAGGCGUAAGUGUCGCCCGGGUGAGCCCGCCAUAGUGCUCCCAGCGAAGAAGAAGUGA